AUGUACAAACGGGUCGACAAGCUGCUCGACGUCGGUGGACGGUGGAACUUGUCGAUCAGCGUAGCUAAGAGCUACUGGGGCCGAUGCAAGGUGGCAUAUCUGGGACACAAAGUAUCCGCGGCCGGUCUGGAAGCAAACCCGACGGAACUGGAUUUAAUCGCUAACCUUCCGUUCCCCACUAAACUGAAAGCGAUGCAUUGUUUCAUGGAGGACUUCGCAGUCUACGCCGCGAUCCUGUACGAGUUGCGGGAAGCGGACUUUCACGAAAUCACCAGGAUGAACCCAGAAGGGACUCGGGAGACGCGUGGUGAUGACGGCCUAAUAACUGGGGCGAGCAUGAUAGCGAGAGCGAAGAAUGCAUUCACUAUGUUGAAAGCGAAGAGUAUCGCCACGACAGUUUUGAAACACUUCGACCCAGAACGUAUUCCCGUCAUCUUGCUCUACGCGAACAAAUGGGCUAUAUCAGCGGCAUUGAUGCAGGAACACGAAGGUGUAUACCAUCCGGGGACCUUCACCAGUCGCACGUUGAAGGCAAACGAACUCAACUAUGGAGUGGUGGAUAAAGAGUUAUUGGCUCUUCUAUCGAUCAAGGUCCUGUCGCGAUUCUCAACCUUGGCCUGGCUGCUCAAGUCGAACGGGUUUGACGAUCGAUUGGGUAGAUGGGCCGCACUGCUGUCGGGAUGGACGUUGGAGGUCACAAAAUGUGUAAAAGACGAAGAAGAAAUCAUUGGAACAAUCGCAGCUAGUAUCACUCCCAGAGCAGAUGUGGAUGAAGCCCUAGUCGCGAUAGCACCAAAGAAACAACCACGCAAAAUGAUCACCAUGCCUCCACCGACGAGAAUCUCUUAG